CUCAUUUUGGCCUCAUGUACUGUGCAGAAAAAGGAGCAUAGCUAUCUAACUUUAUAUGAUUCUACACCCACUAACCUAAUUUAUUCAAGAACAUUAUAGCCAUUAACUAGAUCUAAAAGUUCACUUUCGAUUCAGAUUACAAGAACACCCAGAUUAAACAUGGAAGCUCUCCUCUCCCAGUUCACCUUACUAUCAAACCAAGCCUUGCAGGAUAAAGACUUCGAUCCCUCAACGAUCGAAGACCUGAUGAAGCUGUUUGAGAUAGAAGCAUACAGGUCAUGGGCAGCAAUGGAACUUGCGCAAGAAAAAGAAGUGCAAGAGGCAGAAAAGGCCAUGGAUCGAGCUGAGGAUUAUCUUGAUUCGGUAAUGGAAAGCGCCAUGGAUGAAUUCAGGCGAUUUGAAGAGGAAAUGGAGAGAAUGGCAAAGGCAGAGCUGGAUAGCCUAGAAAGAACAGGUGAAACUGCAAGAAAAAUGGGAAAUGUAAUGGAAAAAGCUGCAACUAUUGCUUCCAAGAAGUAUAUUGAAGCUGCCCUUAAUACUGCUACUGCUUCCAUGAAAUCUGCCUGGAAAGGACUUUCCUCCAACAAGGUUCAUCCUUCUUGAAAGACUCUUUAUUUGGUUUUCAAUCUUUCUUCUCAUCUUUUUCCCGAAAAAGAAAAAGAGAAGAUCACAGAAAGAGCCUUUAUGUGUGCGGUUCUUUUUCAAUUGUACUGCUUGUUCUUCAUUUUUGAGUUUCUGGGUAAAGUAAUAUGUAUGGUAAAAGAAAAGCCAUAAAAGUAAUCUUUAAGAACUCUAUUUAUAUAUGUGGAAGCAAAUAAAAAAAUAAAUUCCACAAGCCAUAAA